AUGUGGAAGAAGGCGAGAUACUUGCGAAAACUACCUCCGUCAUGGAUCAUGCUGAAUCGUCUUCUUCAAACGCUAAAAGUUCCGUAUCGAAUCGUUCAAAUGCAACCUCUCAACGACAGCGGAGAUCGAGCAAACGCAAGAUUGUAUCAGCAAAACGCAGCAAACGACAAUCAAAAUCACAAAAUGUUCAUGGAAACAAAGGAUAAUCGAAUGGAAGAUGACAAAUAUGGGAUGGACAGGGUUGCUGAAAGUACAGUCGAUAAAACGCAAGAAGCUUCAUGCUCAGAAGUGGUCGAAGCGGACUCUCCAAAAGCAUCGCAAAGCUCACAAUCGUCAUCGUGUUAUGAACAAGAAUCGCUGUUGAUCACCCCAUUGAGAGAACUGUUAGAUGCUGAAGAUAGUAAUAGUAAUCAAGGACCGUCGUAUGACACUGGGAAGGAUGCGAGUGGCUCUGCUCUGGAUGUUGUUGAGGGAAAUCCAUCGAAGGAGACGUUUCGAGCAGAUGCAUUAGGAUCGAAGAGUGGAUUGGAUGGUAGUGCGAAUUGGAAUUUGGAAACACCAAGUCGUCGUGUGAUUGAUCAUUUGAUGGUAGUGGGAUCAGAAACGAGGAGAUGCCGAAGUGAUGCGGAGGAACACCAUGAGGAUCCAUUUGAAACACCUAAAAAGGUUUGA